UCAAAAAUCAUUAUCCAAAAAUUCAAAAAGACUUACAGUAGAAUUAAACUUUGGAGAAUUGACGGAGUUGGGGGGGGGGUUGGAUUUUGCUUUAAAUCAUUGAAAUUAAAGUAAAAGUGAUUAGAGUGCUUAUUUUUACUUUGCUUUAUGGGAAAUUGUGCUGGGAAUGUGGAUGUAUUGUGCACAAAGGAUGUUUGUUGGCAUUAUGCUAUAACCACCAGGCAGGUUGAGUUGAGAAACAAUUAGCUCAGUCAGCAAACGUUUGAAUCUGAUUAAGCCAGGAAGUGGUUACUCCCAGGAAUAGGCAGAUGAAGGGAAUGAAGGUGGUGACUCCAAAACAAGGAAUGAUUUUUUUUUUUUCUCUCUCUCUGAAAUAAACUAGUACUAGAUUUUAUUGUGUCAAAUAUAUGGCAAGGAUUAAUUUAUUACAGUUUAUUACCUUUGAGGAAACAAAUGGGAUCAUGUUUCCAAGUAAGUCAACAGUCCACACGUGUCAUGGCUACCAUCUCCAAGAAAUCUCUGUUUAUUGAGGCCAUCAUAUCCUUAUGUUUUUGUUACAAAGCAUCUUUGACACGAAGGACUCAAGCAAAAGAGGAAAAUGAAGGGCCUAUACCAGGCUGCCGGCCAGACUCUCGUUACUCUGGGCAGUCUCAGUGUGUUCUCUGGAGUCAUGGCUUUCUUCCCCGUCUUUUCUUACAAGCUUUGGUUCACAGGAUGGAGCGUUCAGAUUGCUUGUCCCAUCUGGAAUGGAGCUUUGGCCAUCACGGCUGGUGUACUUCUAAUACUGGCUCACAGGGAGUGGACCCAGAGAUACCUGUGGGAAGCCAGUUUCAUCUUUGUGAUUCUCAGCAUGAUGGGAUGCCCAAUUCAUUUUGCAGUAGCCUUGGAAUCUGCUCUCCUUGGCCCAUAUUGCUUCUACUCGUUUUCAGGGAUUGCGGGGACCAACUACCUUGGUUAUGCAGUGGCCUUUCCGUUUCCAUAUGCAAAGUUCCCAUCAGUCUGCGUGGACCCACCAUGCUAUGAAGAGUACCACUUAACGCUUCAAGUCCUUGACCUGUGCCUGAGCUUCGCCAUGCUCUGUGCCUCCUUGACAGCGCUUGCCAAGCUUUCUUCAAGAAUUAUCUGGAAUGGAGACAUAAAUGUAAGUGUCAUGAAAGGGGGAAUCAGUGAAUUGUCCUGAAUGCUAAAAUGGAAGGUAUGGUAUAUUAAUACUUUACCUUUCUCUUGUACUUACCAGUGUAUCCUAUAUAACCAUGCUAGCCAGUGCCUGGUACGUAAUAGGUGCUCAACAAUUGUUUUUGAAUGAAUGAACGGAAGCAUGGUGAUGUGACAACUAAAGAUAUGGCUGUGGGUAGCACUAGUCAAUUUGUAUCACAACCUACGAUUUAAAAAAUUACUGAUAGAGACAAAUAUUAAGAGUUUUCUGUGUAAAGGCAGUAUCUUUAAUAUUUUUAAUAUUAGUCAAAUACGGAUAUCUUAAUUUAGCUGAUAGCCCAUGAAUUCAGAAAGGUAUACAUACUCUUUGGCUAGAAAAGAUGUAGAGUAAAUUCUCCCACUAUUUCUGCUCCUACCCCGGCAGAGAGGCUGAUGUAUCCCAACAUCAAGUUUAGCUUCCUAAUGUUUUCCAAGAGGGCUAAUAAUAAUACUAAUGAUAUGAUAAUAAUAUAGAUAUAUAUUGAGUGCUUCUUUUAUGUCUAUUUACUUCCCCAUUUUAUGGAUGGUAAACUAAGGCUAAAGAGUUUGUAUAACUUGCUAAAGGUCACACAGCUAAUGAGCAGUAGGGCCAUAUUGAGAACUCAGAGCUGUUGUUCUUAACCCUCUCAGGACCGAAGGUAUAGCAGUAGGGCCAUAUUGAGAACUCAGAGCUGUUGUUCUUAACCCUCUCAGGACCAAAGGUAUAUAUAGCUACCACUUACUUUUUGUACUUCUGGGGUUCAUUGAGAAGCCUCUGGCCCAUUGACAGUAUGUGCUGCCAGCAGGCAGGGCCCUAUACAAUAGUAUGAAAUGGAAAAAACAGGAGUAUGUUGCAAAUUACUGCUUUUACAGGGUAUUGUAUGCAGUGGUGCUGAAUCAUUGAGUUUUGGUAGGAAAACCAUGAAUUUUGAAAAAUUUUAUUUGGUAUACAUAUGUACCUCUAGGGUAGAAUUUGUGUUCAUGAGGGGUAUACAUAUAUACCUCUGGACUCCAAGGGUACAAUUUGUGGCAUGAGACAUAAAACAAAAACCAUAUUACCUACCAAAACUUCAGGCACACUUAAUGAUUCAGCAUACUUUCCAUUACUGAAAACACAUAGUAUGAGCAAAAAAUUUAAAAAAAAAAUCGGGUGGCGCAUUAAUAAGGCCAAGUUCAUCCUGACCCUUCCUGAUACGCACUUUGUAACCCCUCCCCCUUUGCCGAACCCUUAAGAUGCGGGGCUCUGGCCUCCAGAAGGAUUGGAACGGGGUCACUGAGGGAAGAGUACGAGUGACUUUUGAUUCCAUGUUCCUAUGGCAGGUUCUGGGGCACUUUGUUGGGGGCUGCACAGCCUCCCUCUGGAAAGAGAUAUUUCCCACUACAAAUUCUUAGACUUGGCUUUAUGAUUCAGGUUAGUGUCAUAUUGGGGUCUGGUGGAUGUGGGUGAUAUUAACCAGUUUUUUUUUUUUUUUUUCCAAUUUGAUACUGUAUACCUUGAACAUCAAAGCUGAAGACUAACUUUCAGCAUUCUUGAUACCUUUUGUGGUCAAUCCUGUCCUCUUCAACUUCCGUAUAAGUCUGUGCAUUCUUUGGGAAAGAGUGGAUUUUACCAAGAAGGCCUGCUGAGAGUUCAGAACAUAUAAAAAUUACCUCCUCCACUGUACUGCCAGGGAGUCUGGAAGUUCAGCAUUUGAGAUUCCUCCCUUGCAGUGAAGGCUGCACCCUUCCUAGAGCCCUUUGUUAAAAGGAACACAUGCCUAGGAGAGUCACACAUUGAAGUGUUGGCCAUCGUGGCACCUCAGCGUGGAUAGUUAACAGGCCAUCUGACUGCCACCUUAGGCAUGAUACCUCAGUGUCCAGAUUUAACGUGUAAUGGCGGGCAGAGAGAAAAGAAGGAAAAAAAUAUAUGCAGAGGCACGUAAGCCAGUUUCACGGGGCCCAAUAGUAAAGCCACGUAAAAGUAGAGUGUUUGGGGAGAGAGAAAAUGAAUUAAAAACAGAGUUAAGGUGGGUUCAAGGGCAAAGUGCUCCAACUUCAGAGUUUCACCUUUGCCAUCCUGCUUAAGACACGCCUUCUUCAGGCCUGAGUUCUAGCCAGGUAUGGGGCCAACACAACUUUAACACAUUUCUCAAAGUGGACCAAUGCUGUCAGGGUCACCCAGGGUUCUUGUUAAGAUUUCUGGAUCCAAUCCAAGACUUACUACAUCAGAAACUCUGGGGUUGGAGGCAGAGAAUACACAUUUUUAAUACAUGCCCAAGAGAUUCUGAUGGCCAAUCAAGUUUAAGAUCAUUACUUUAUUCAAAGAUUCUCUUAGCAUCACUUCUGGACGGCCUCAUUUUCCCCAUCUGCUUAAAAUGCAGCCUGAGUUUCGGUGAGAGUUCUAGAUCAAUUUAAUAAGCAGCAUUUCCUUAGUGAGUGUUUUUAGAUGACUUGACACCACUUAAUCCAUAAUGGCAGCAGAUCAUGUUUCAUCAGCAAGAAAGAAUAUUUGACAUAAUGGGAUAUGAUGUUUUGUGUUAAUAGAUGCACCACUGCCCCAGCCCACCAGGGGCCUAUGCAGCCCAAGGAAAGCCUUUGUUACCAUGUAGGAACCUCAGCUAUACUAAAACCCACCGCCGUCACUUUCAGCAGUGAAAUACACAUAUUAUUUACCAAAAUCUCAGAAAACACACAACUUUCUUAGGAAAAGUAGAUCAACUGUCGGGAUACAGAAUUCUACAUAGUAGAUUCUACACUUUACGAAUCCACAUACAGUUGUAUGGCUAGAUUUCCCACAUGCUGAUAGUGUUAACCAAUGUGUUAAACAUUUUAUUAAAAACUGUAAUAACAUUGGCAAGUAUGCUUUUAAUUCAUACCUCUUGUUUCAUGGAUAAACAAAAUUCUGAUAAUAUUUUUCAAAGCUGCUCUUUUAAGUCUCUGACUGAAAUUUAAACCUCUCUUAUGUAAAUAUAGUACAUAACAGGAAAUUCGAGAGCCAUAAAAUUUUGUAAGAAAAAAAGCGAUGGUUUGAAAGAAGAUUUGGGAAAACUGUAGUCAAAGAACAAAAUGAAUUAUUAUUUUUAAGCUCCAUCUAUAACGGUCAAUAUUAUGAGGAAAAAUAUUCACUUGUAAGAGUUUUUUCUAAUGAGUUCCAAGACAUGUUUUCAAAUAUGAUUCAAGCACCCCCAGGAGGAAUCCCCCCAUCCAUUAUUCUUCCUCCCUGUGCCUUCUAGGUGUAAUAGAAUUGAGGUCAUGUUGCUCAAGGUUAGGCAGUGGUGUGUGAAUUGACAGUCAGUGGGUACCCAACCAAACCACAGGGAGAAGUGCUUGAAAGAGGCAUGGUGGGUCUGAUGACUUUGAUAAACACACAAUAGGCAUGUGUGGGCCCUUCCCACUCUCAGCGCCUCACAGGAAAAGGCUGAGAAAAAAAUACAGAGCUCCCUGCUUGCGAGGCUCAGUAGAACGCCCUGAAGAGACAGACACUGCCGACUUCGAGACUUGGAGCAGGGAAAAAACACGCAAAAACACAGAAUUUGAGUCGGGAAACUAAAAUGCAAAACAACCAUAGCCGGAAUUGUCUACAUUCUUGGUCCAGUAAGUAAUAAAGUGAUGGGAAAGGAAAGAAUUGGGACGCCAGACGCUCUGCAGCUGUCCCCUGCAGCUACCCUGCCCCUCCCCCGUGGAAUGGAAUGGUUCCGUUUGUUUUCCUUUCAUUAUUCAUUGUGUGUGUGUGUGUGUGUGUGUGUUAAUGAAAGGGGAAAGAAAAUAUUUUCCCCCUUGUCAUGUGAUAUAGUGUUUUGUUUUUUUCUCUCUCAAUGAAAGGAGAAAAAAAAUUUUUUUCCCCAUAAAAGAUAUAGGGAAACCCCUUACAUGCUAUUCAAAAACAUGUUGUUGUUGUUGUUAGGUGCCCCCAAGUCAAUUUUCGACUCGUAGCGACCUAAUGUGACCCAAAGUGCCAGAGUAGAACUGCCCCAUAGAAUUUUCUAGGCUGUAAUCUUUAUGGAAGCAGAUUGCCAGAUCUUUGCUCCCACAGAGCCACUGGGUGGGUUUGAACCACUGACCUUUUGAUUAGCAGGUGAGUGCUUAGCCAUUGUGCCACCAUGACAAAAACAUUUAUCAGUGGAGGGCUGUCUUCUCCGAACACAAGACAAAUUAGCAGCAAAGUAUUGGCCCCAACUCUUCAAAUGGAAUUAUACUCCAUCACUAGCAACGUAAGUGUAUAAUUCAACUGUGACUCUUGUCCUAAGGGUCUGGGGCAUCAGGUUGGACUGUAGUAAGAUCUCUCUGGUGCUUCUGGGAAACUAAAUCCCCUUGGGUAGAUUCAAGUAGAACUCAUGCAGGACUACAGAACUGUAAGAAUCCAUUCUGUUUCUACCUCACAAAUUCCGGUGCGUGAAAUUCUUAGAUGGAUCAGUAGAAAAAUCAGAAUCUAAGGGGAAAAAACCACAAUUCUGGACAUUACUAUUCCUGUUAUCACUUAUUUUUUCUGGAAUAAUAGCAGCAGUGACAUAUAACUGGGUAAUAGAAAAAUAAUUUUAGGUGCUAUUUAUUGAGCAAUUACUGUUUGUCAGGUGCUUUCUCAUCUAAGCCUUAAUGUAAAAAAAAAAAAAUGAAACCUCAGAGUUCUUGGGACUAAUGUACUGAAAACCUCAAGAAAAUGUCUAAGCAAGAUGUAAUGACAAAGAUUUUCACUGAUUCAGCGUUGCCUAACUGAAAGUCAACACCAUUGCAUUGCACAACUCUAGGGAGCACCAUUCACAUUAAAGUGUAUGUAAAUAGCAUGCAACAAUAUGGUGACCCCUAGGGUUGUGCAAUGUGGGAGACUUGCUAGUCGGUCAGGAAGCCUAUGCUUAAUUCUGACAAAUUGACUUUGGGCCAUCUGCUUCCCCUUUCAGGAUUUCCGUUUUUCUUAUCUAAAAAAUAAGGCGAGCUUGAUCACUAUUUUGUAUCAUUCUAUAGGGUCGCUAUGAGUCAGAAUUGACUCGAAGGCAGUGGGUUUGGUUUUUGGUUAUGGUUUAAAAGCCCAUUUCAUGUGUGUUCUGGGGCCCUGGUGGCACGGUAGUUAAGUGUUUGGCUUCUAACCAAAAGGUCAGAGGUUUGAAUCCACCAGCUGCUCCUUGGAAACCCUAUGGGGCAGUUCUACUCUGUCCUACAGUCUACCCUGCCUGACUCUCACUGUGAGUCAGAAUCAACCUGGCAGCAAUGAAUUUGAUUUUGUUCAGCUUUACCUCAUUUAGGAACCCCUGGAUGGCGCAGUUAAGCACUCAGCUAAAAACCAAAGGGUUGGGGGUUCGAAUCCACCUAGAGGCACCUCAGAAGAAAGUCUAGGUGAUAUACUUCCAAAGGGUCACAGCCAUGGAAAACUCUAUGAAGCAGUUCUACUCUAAAACACAUGGGGUCUCCAUGAGUUGGAAUCAACUGGACAGUAGCUAGUUUUUUUUUUUUUUUUAUACUUCACUUAUUCCUCACAACACUCCAUAAAAACACUCCAUAGAUGAGGACAAUGAGACAGCUGUGUGGAACUAGAAUUCGCUCCCAGGUUCCUCAGUGCUGGGCCACAUCACCUCCCUUAGUUGGUAUAAAAGCAGCCAUGCCUACCUCCAAGUGGCCUUAAUAGGCACACUUGGACAAUCUUUUUUAUGCUCCUCACAGACAAAAAUUCACUUUCCUCAUUCAGAAGUGGAAGCUAUUUUUCUAGGAUAUUUGCAAUUCAUUUACUCAGUGUGACCACAUCAAGGGUUACAGCAACUUAACGAGAGAGGAAAUAAAACUAAAGUGUUUAUUCUAUUGUGUUUAAUAAUGUAUUACAAUAAGUUUGAUAUUUUGUCAAAGAGGAAACAGUAAGUGGGGAGGGAUUAGUAUCCUGAGAACUGGUUUUCUUGUUUUUGUCAAUUUUCACUUUAUAAAUUAUCAUGAGCUUCAACAUAUUUUACUCUUGUCAUGCAGUCAAAUUUAAUCUUUUAAUAUAAAAUAUUCUAGUGUUUUUUCCUCUGUCCUCACUCUUAAUCUCAAAUGUUAUUAUUAUGAAUACAUUUUUGAACGAACACCAGCUAUACACCCUCUCCUCACUUAUCAACAUGGUUAGGUCCUAAAGACCAGAUCAUUAUGCAAAAUUGGCGUUACGCGAAAAUGGAGGAUGACCACAUCAGAUCACAAAAAUGGAGAAUGACUACAUCGUUAUAUAACUGCCAAAUUACAUCAUUGCAUAACUGCCAAACCACUGAGUAUCACGGCCUAGCCAAGGUGACUCAUAACCUUAAUCCUCACAGGCAGUGUAAUUCUCACCUCGCACCUGGCCAGACAUGUGUUGUAAAUGCACGGAAUAGUUGGAUAGUAGAUUUUUUACUAUUGUCACAAAUGCAAAAUGUUGGAUAAUGAAAUAGUCUAUAAGUGAGGAGAAGGUGUACUAUAUUUAAGACAAAUAAGACAUAUAUUUAAAAGACAGAUUUGUUUUUGAAAGGACAGAAACUUUAAGGAGAAGCCAGAAACCUCUAUUCUCUAUAGUUACGAAAGAAUGCAAAGAAAACUGAAUUUAUACUGGUGAAUAUUUCAGAAUGAUCUUAAUGGUGCUAAUAUGUAAGUACAAACCAUUUAGGAAUGUAACAAUGUUGGUUGUUACUUUUAAUUUUAUUAAAGAGAAUAUUUGAUGAUUAUUAUUAUUGGAUGCCUUUGUUUAGUCUGCAUCGGGAAAGAAAGAAGAGGAACAGAGGAAGUAAUUGGGGUGAAAAACAAUGGGGGGUGUGGGGAUGAAGAAUGACACAGUGACAUUUCCCCUACCAGACUGGUCCUAGGAGCCAGCAGGGUCUAUGAGGAGAAGGCAACCAUUUACCACUUCACACUUCAGCCAAUGCGGACUUGCGCUUUCACACAUGAGCUGAUGUGGACUUGCGCUUUCUUGUGUCUAAGACCACAGGGCUUAGGUCUGCCAGCCUCCAAGGACCUUCCCAGAUCUGUCUGUGAUUUUCCAAUAAAGCUCUAUUCCAUUUGAGAAGAUUAGCUUUCAGAGGGGAGGGCUAUAAGCAGCAAAUGAAAAGGAGAUUUUUACAAAAUGGAAUUGCUGGCUCUUUACAUGUUCUAAGCCACACUAAUGUGUCGCUGGAGUACACCACAUCACUGUCUUACUAUUCUAGCUCAAGAAGUAAUAAACGCUGGCAAUAUCACUCAUGCAAGACAUUAUGCAAUUUAGUCACAGUUUCCCAGACUACUUAGAAUCACUUUAAAAAAAAAACACCUUUCUUUACCCAAUAUUUAAUCUGCCAUAUCAAACCAACCAGAAUUAUCUUAUCAGCAGUCUUUAAAAUAAAUAAAUAAAUGAAUGAAUAAGAUAACCAGGUGCUGUCAAGUUGAUUCCAGCAUAUGGCAACCCCGUAUGUGUUAGGGUACAACUGUGAAUCACUGGGUUUUUCAGUGGCUGAGUUUUUGGAAGUAGAUUGCCAGGACUUUCUUCCGAGGUGCUUUGGAGUGGACUCGAACUUCAAACUUUCAGUUAGCAGCUACGUGUGUUAAUCAUUUGCACUACCCAGGGACUCCUUUAAAAAUUUACCAUUGUGCUAUUGAACGAAUAAGGAAUUUACAGCUCCAGUUCAUUUGCAAAGAGAUUGAUUUUAAAUAUUCUUUCUUCUCUUGCAUCAUCUAACUAACCUACUGUUGUAGAUGAAAAGGAAAGCUGCUGGUUAGAGAGAAGAAAUUACUAAGUGCUAUACUCUACAACUCAAUAGUUUUCAAAUUAAAAACUGAAUCUUAAAUACUUUGAAGAUUUCAAUAAAAAGUACGGUACGUAUGGAGCCCUGGUGGUGCAGAGGUUAAGAGCUCAGCAGCUAACCAAAAGGUUGGUAGUUUAAAUCCACCAGCCAUUCCUUGGAAGCCCUAUGGGGCAGUUCUACUCCAUCCUAUAAGGUCACUAUGAGUCAGAAUUGACUCGAUGGCAACAGGUUUGGUUUGGUUUUUGGUGGCACAGUGGUUAAGCACUCCGUUGCUAACCGAAAGGUCAGUGGUUUGAACCCACCAGCUGCACUGCAGGAGAAAGAUGUGGCAGUCUGCUUCUGUCACCUUGCAGCCUUGGAAACCCUAUGGGGCAGUUCUACUCCUAUAGGGUUGUUAUGAGUCAGAAUCCACUUAGUGGCAACAGGUUUGUUUUGGUUGUGUACUGUAAUUAGUGCCUCUUUAGCCGGAAAAAUAUCUGCUGUUCACUCUUGUUUGACUUUUCUCUCGUCACGUGUCUAGAAUUAUGAAUUCAGAGCCCUAAAGAGAGUAUUUAGUGUUUAUACCUGCCCCUCAAGAUUUAUUGAGUGCAUAUUAUUUGCCCAAUAGUAUGCUAAGGGCUAGAGAAAGAUAAGCAAGACGAGGCCCUGUCUUGCAUUGAUUUUCAUGGAUUAAAGGGAAGUGAGACUUGGACCAGGAGGACCAAUAGCCCAGGUGAGGAAAACAAGAUCUGAAUCAGGUAGCAAUAGUAGGCAUGGAGAGGAGGUGAUGCAUUUAAAACAUAUUUAGAAGGUAGAUUCAACAGGACUUAAUAACUUUUAGCAUGUGGGACAAGGGAGGGGCCCAGAAAGAUGGAAGCAUUUCUGGCCCAUGAGUUGCUGCCAUGAUAGACUAGGCGAAGUGAUAGGAUUUAAUGUGUUAGCCUCACUCUUGUCACUUACGGUAAACCUUCAGUUUCAUGCCUCAUCUCUAAUAAAAAGUCAUUAAAAGAACUUAGUAGAAGAAAUCAGAGAUCUCCUGCCUAGGAUUCUAGUCAAAUAGUUACUAAACUUUGCCGAUAGGUACUCCAUGAUGAAAGUUAGCCACAUUCAGAUACAAAUGAUGCCUUGUUUUGAGUUCAUAAUAAAUCGAGCGCUGAAGGUCUUAGGCUAUAAGGCCAUUUUCAUCUAGGCAAAUUUUAUUUAACAAUUGUCUCUGCUUUUGUUCUACUGAAACUGCCAUGGUAACGAUCACCCAAGAAUGACCUGUAGAUGGCCAGACCCUAUGAACUCUUUUCAGUUGACAUCUUCCUUCACCUCUCCACAGCCUUAGAAACUGUUGACCAUUUUCUCCAUAAAAUUCCUUCCCCCGUUGACUUUCAUGCACCAUUCUCUUUGGUCCUUUUCCUUCUCUAUAGCUUCUCCUUCUCAUUCUGAAAGGCUAGUGGCCUCAUUACUGCCUUUCGGCUGAUGCUUCACACAUCCAUAUCUGUGGCCAACUCCCUUCUCCUGCUCUAAUGAGCUCUAUAUCCAGCUAUUUUCCAGAUACUUUUACUGGGUAUCCCACAGACACAUGAAGCUCAAUAUGUUCACAAUGGAGCUGAUUAUCUCCCUCCCCACAAUACCUCUUUCUGUAUCUCCAGCUCUGUUGCCAGCAUUCAUAACAAUAGACAAGUGAGAGACCUAGUCUCCUUGACUCCUCCCACCUGAGUCAACCACCAAAUCCUGAUGACUUCACCUCAUUAAAUAUUUCUCCAAUGUGUCCCACUUUUCCAUACCAAAUGGGAUGGUUCUGGCUCUGUUCUCCAUCUUCUCACUCAGACUUCUUUGCCUCUGGUCUUGUAUGUCUUAAGAAGUGACCUUCACACAGGCUCCACACUGAGCUUUCUAAAGUUCAAAUCUGGUCUUAUUACUCCUCUACAUUAAAUCCUUCUGUAGCUCUCCUGCACACUCAAAAUACAGUCCAAGCUCCUAUGCAUGACAGCUACAUGUUUCCAGCUCGUCUCCAAGUAUGUGAGUUCCUAGAAGGGAGGAACUAUCUUCAUUCAGUCAGAAGACUUCUUUCGAGCACUUACAUGUGCGAGGCACUGUCCUCCUUCAGGUAGCAGUUGGUUCUCAGUGGGUGUGCAGUAAAAUGAAGUGAAAUAAUGUAGGAAGGAAGGAAAGGGAGGGAGGAAGGAAGGAAAGAAAGAAAGGAGAGAGAAAGAAGAAUUAACUAAGAUCAAGUAUUACCUCCUCUGUAAGACUUUUUUCUUUCAUCCAGCCCUGGAUAGAACUGACCACUUCUUCCUCUGGCCACCAUUGCAUUCUGUGCAGACCCCUAACAUCACACCUGUAGUGUGAUGAAUUACUUAGUAUGGCCUUUCUUGCCAUGGUCUGGUAACUCCUACCCAGGCGAUUGGGCAGAGCUGUGCAGAUAAUUGUGGCCCACCAAAGGGAUUGGUCAAUUUUGCCUUAAAAGACAAUGCCAAAGCAGAGAGGGAUCCUCCACCAAGGAAGGAGAGUCCCAGCAGCAGAGACCCAGCAGGAGGAGACUUCCUUCCUGGCCCAUGGAGUGAGAAAGUUGAGUGCCUUUGGGCAGAGACCGAGGGCCUGGGAGAGGCGUGUCUGUGAGCACAGCUAGGAAGAGGCUGUCCUGACUGAAGAACUGUAUCCUGAGUGUUCCUCAGCCUGAAUUGUAACCUGUUGCUUCCCUAACAAACCCUAUAAUCAUGAGUAUUGUUCAUGAGUUCUGUGUAGCCAUUGCAAUGAAUUAUCUCACCCAGCAAAAAAGUAGAGUGCUGGAGGAAGGACAGUUGGUGUCAGAAUUGGUAAAGAUGGCAGAGAGAGGAGGCAUAUCUGACCCCUACCUCAUAGGAAUCAACCUUGAGCUGUUAGCCUUAGUUCUCCUCCCCUCUUGUGAAGUAGAGGAGGUCAGACACCCCCUACCCCAUGCCGUUUCUACAGCACCCUUAACAUUUUCUUAACAUAUUUCUUCCUAAUAGAGUUCAAGCUUUUUGAGAGCAGAGGCCAUGAGCCCUGAUUUAAAAAAACUGGACCUCAGCAGCUGCUAAGUGACUUAAUGUUUCUUUGCAUGUUUUUCUCAUCUAGGCCUUAAUUAAAAAAAAAAAAAAAUCAAAACCUCAGAGUUCUUGGGACUAAUAUACUGAAAACC